AUGGAACCAAAUGAGAUAAACUUACACAUAGGCUCGAUAACUGCGGAUACGAGGGAAACUCCAGUCCAGUGCUUCCCUUUGGUGUGGACUCACCGGAAUAAUUACGCCAGAACAGUAACACGGUUGUUCAAACGAGAGUGGUGUGGCUAUGAACGAAUCCUCAGUAGUAACGACGAGUAA